GGCGGCUCCUCCCCCCGCGCCUCGCAGUGCGCAUGCGCCGACUCACCUGCUCGGGUGUGUCCGCGCGGAGGAGCGGCUCGCCAGCCCGCAUUUUGCUCUCAGCUCCAGCGAUGGCGACGGCGACGGCGGCGAUCGUCGCGCUUCUGCUCGGCUUGUCGGGGUGGCGGGCCGCGGCGCGGGACAUCCUGCCGCCGGGCCCCGUGGACGCCGCGGUGGGCAAGAACGUGACCCUGGCCACCCUCUUGCAGAAUCCCGAGUACUCCUUCAUCAUCUGGAACUUCAACGACGGCCGCGAGCAGACUCACGUGGCCACCGUGGGCUCCGCCGGACUCAAGGUGAACGCGCCCUACGAGGGGCGCGCGUCCGUGGACGCCACCAGCGGCGCGCUGCGGCUGAGCGCGCUCACGACGGACGACAGCGGAGACUUCAGCGUCAGCGUCGUGAGCGCGGACGGCGGGACCGAGACCGCCGAGAUACGGCUGCGCGUGCUGGAGCCGGUGUCGGGCGUGCUGGUGAGCGCUGACGCGGCCGAGGCGGUGGAGCACAACAGCACGCUGGUCCUGACCUGCGCCGCCAACGGCUCCUUCCUCCGGUUCACCUGGCUCAACGAGACCCGGCCCAUCGUCGCCUCCGACAGCGAGCGGCUGUCCGUCGAGGAGAGCGAGGCGAGCAGUCGACUGACCAUCGCGCGCGUCCUGCGCACCGACCUGGCGCGACCGAUUUUCUGCAGCGCCGCCAACCAGCUGGAGACGGAGAAGAGCGCCCCCUUCACCCUGCCCGUCCACUACGGUCCGGACGAGGUCACCGUCACGGCCUCCGACCCGUCCCGGUUCGUCCGGGCCGACUCCGACUUCAACCUGACGUGCGCGACGCGCUCCAGCCCGGCGGCCACCUUCACGUGGUACCAGAACCAGACCCUGAUGGACUCCGUCGGGCCCGUGCUGCCGCUGGAGGCCGUGCGGCGGCGCCCCCUGUGGCGAGAGACGAGCCGGUACACGUGCAGAGCCACCAACGCCGAGACCGAGCGAGUCGUCGCCUCGCCCGCCGUCUCCUUCGCGGUCGUGGAAGCGCUGUCGGGCGUGGAAUUGAGCGGCCCGGCCGUCGGCGCCGUCCUCCUGGCCGGCGAGGACUCGGCCAACCUCAGCUGCGCGGCGGCGGCGGGCGUCGUCGACGAAAGGACGUGGCUGAAGGACGGCCGGCCCCCGGCGAUCGACGGCGGGCGCGUGACCGCGGCGCCCGACGGCUCCUGGAUCAGCUUGGCGCCGCUGCGCGAGGACGACAACGGGCGCUACGAGUGCCGCCUCGCCAACGCCGUCAGCGAGCAGAAAGCGGCGUACGAGCUGGUCGUCAACUACGGUCCCGAGGCGGCCGCGGUGAGCGGCGAGAGCGCGGUGGAGCUGCGCGACGCCGUCACCCUCCGCUGCACGGCCGCGUCCGUCCCGCCCGCCAACUUCACUUGGAAGUUCAACGGGACGCUGACCGGCGUCAAGACGCCCACGUACGCCAUCGCCGAGGCCGUGUACAAGAACACGGGCGCGUACACGUGCCAGGCGCACAACGCCGUCACCGGCAAGAACGUCUCGUCCACGCACAACCUGUCCGUCAAAGAGGAGGGCGCGCUGGAUGAAGGCCUGUCGGACGGCGCCAUCGCGGGAAUCAUCAUCGGCAUCCUGGCCGCCUUGGGCGUGGCCAUCGGCGUCGUCAUGUACUGCAGACAGAAAGUUCCGGUGGAGUCACCGUACUAGUGAACUUCGUGCACACAGCCGGAGGUUCCAGUCCGACCAUCGAACUUGUGGCGUCUCCACGCGGGGGGGCUGCAUUUCGGAUCUGCCGCGCUGGCCACGACGCGGACUUCUGUUUGUCGGGUCCGUUGCGGCGAUCUCCUUCGCUGUCCAUUGUCUUUUGUUCGUCGCCUUCAACAUGACCGCCUCCGCCACCUGACCGCCUUGUUUCCGCCCCGCCCACCCGCCGCUUCCCACUGCCACGAGCUCUUCGCUGAGCCGCAUACCAACAGCUUUGCUGACUGCUGGAAACCUGACACACACACACACACACACACACACACACACACACUGUGUCGUGGGUGGAGUUUGAAGUUUGUCGACAUUCCGUCUGUUGACUUAGUUAUUUUUUUUCUUUUUUUGCCUCCACAUCCGACUUGAAUUGCGACAUCUGACUAACAAAAAGUUCAAAAUGUGUUUCGAAUUCGUGCAACAUGCUGAGAUCCUUCCAUGUAAUUCCGCUGUUCCCCUUGAGGGGCAGCACUCAGUCCAACUAAGCAAAGUGCGUACAGUGACACGUGCGGGCGCCAUUUUGUCACCCGACCUGACACGACCGUCGUCACAAUGGAACUCAAUCCGCUAAACGCGCAAUCUACUUCCGCAUUCGACAAAACGGGUCGAGAUCGGAUCAAAGCGACCGUAGGAACUUGAAACGUCCACCGUCUUUUUUCAACGUGAGCGGUCACCGCGAUUGGUUUAGGUUUGAUUCGUUUAGCUUUUGUACAUAUCGACGUUUGAAAUGACUUCAGGUUAGUGUGUGCGUCUUUUUGUGUGGGCACUGAAGUAUUUAUUGUGUGAAAAGUGGAGUUAUUAGUCACCGCGGGUCACACGCUAGCUCGUUAGUACGUUGUCAUUUUGUCAUGUGACCUGUCAAUCAACAUCCGUGCCGCCUCUCGUGUAGCGUCAUGCUAAGUGUGGCUAGCUUCCAUCAGUUUAUUUCUUUUUUUUUUAUGGCUUUGAACACGCAAAAUGUCUGCGUUUUUAGUUCUGUCUACUUGUGGGUAAAAGAGAAUAAAGAAGUUGUUCCCCACUUUGA